UUUAGUGCGGUAUGAAAACAUGUCAGCGCCCAAGUAUACUUUUUGACAGUUCCAAGGAAACCUACUUACUAAGUCUUUCUUUGUUUGGAAAAGCGACAAAAUGAGUAUGGCAAAUAGUGCCCGGUUUUGUAAAUGUGUCAAACUUCUGUCUGUGAAUAGACAGUCAAUUUUUAAGUGUGAUAGGCGAUGUCUUAGCUCACUGGAAAGAGGAGAGAUAAGAAUGAAUGUUUUUGACAGAAAAACAAAACGUCUACAGAGAGAUAGAACUGCACUUAUGAACGAUUAUAAAAUAUAUGAAUACAUAAAAGAAGAGAUUGGGUACAGACUUGCAGACAGGGUUGGAGAUAUCAAAAGGGAAUUUCCCAUUCUUGUUGACCUGGGCUGUGGCCGGGGUUACGUCUCCAAACACCUUCUCAAAGACACUGUGAAAACUAUCUACCAAUGUGAACUGUCAAAAAAAAUGCUGGAACAGAGCGAGGUGUCCCCAGAAGUUCCCACAUAUCGACUGGUUGCUGAUGAAGAAUACUUCCCAUUUAAAGAUAACUCACUUGAUAUUGUUGUUAGUAGUUUAAGUCUCCACUGGGUAAAUGACCUUCCAGGAUGUUUCAAACAGGUUUUCCGUGCACUUAAGCAGGAUGGGGUAUUUUUAGGCUGCAUGUUCGGUGGAGACACGCUGUUUGAACUCCGCGUUGCGCUUCAGCUGGCUGAACAGGAGCGCGAGGGGGGGUUUGCUGCCCACGUGUCCCCGUUCACAGACGCGCGUGACCUUGGAAACCUGCUGUCACGGGCCGGUUACGUCAUGACAACACUGGAUGUUGAUGAAAUGAGGAUAGUUUACCCAUCAAUAUAUGAGCUGAUGCAUGAUCUAAAAGGUAUGGGUGAGAACAACUGUGCGUGGUCACGUAAACUGUCCCUGCGCAGAGAUACCAUCGCGGCUGCGAGCGCCAUAUACAAGGAAAUGUACGGUGAAGAGAAAGGCGUUCAGGCCACAUUUCAGAUUAUCUACUUUAUCGGGUGGAAGCCCCAUCCUUCUCACCGGCGGCCAGCUGAGAGAGGCUCCCAGCAGGCAUCCAUUAAAGACAUUGCCAAUAUCACAGAGUUAAACGAAAACAUGACAGAAGAUGAAAUACGUGCAGCUAUUGAAAAACUCAUGGAAAAAGACGACCCGAAUAAAACAUGAUUGCAAUCUCCAGUUAGAUAUAAUAUUAGCAUUUAGAUUUUAUAAAUGAGUUGCUUGCAUUGUACAGUUGGUGCUGCGUAGAACAAGACUCGCUGUGUGUACUGUUUUAAUGCAUAUGUCGACAAUAAAUGAAGAUAUUAAACCCUUUUUACUAUCAA